CAGAGAGAGAAGAAGAGGGGAGCCACAUUCGCCCCCGCCGCCCCCGCCACAAGCCCCCGGCAAGCGCCGCCCCCCGAGGAGGAGAGGCGAGAGAGAAGAGGGAUCCAGCUGGAAGGUUCCGAGAGAUGGGAGUCACGGCGUUCUACAGGUGGCUGGCGGACCGGUACCCACAGACGGUGUCGGACGCGGAGGAGGAGGAGCCCGUGGAGCUCCAGCCCGGGGCCUUCGUCCCCGUCGACCCCCGCCGCCCCAACUCCAACGGCCUCCAGGCCUCCGCCGUCGCGCUGGCUGACCAGCUCUCCCGCCUCCACCUCGGGCAGAUGCAGCCCAUGCCCAUGGCGCGCCUCGCCUCCUCAGACAAGAAGCUCCGCCCCCUCGACGUCGGGCAGACGCACGCGCAGGUCGUGCCGGCUCCCCCGGUGCUGCCCGCCUCCCCGGCCGAGAAGCAUGCGGCGAUCCCCAAGAGCACCUCCAUCCGCUCCAAAGGCUACCUGAAGCAUCGCGUGACGAAGCCGGUGAACGUCGGCUCGCAGCAGCGCGUGUUCGUGGGCGUGGACGGCGCGAAGGCGGAGGAGCACAAGGACGGAAGCGACGGCGGGGAGAAGGGCGGUCAGGUCCCCACGGCUCCCGAUGCCAAGGUCUGGGUCUGGCCGCUCGAUGCUGAGGUCGUGCUCAUCGGCGCCGUGCAGCACUACGAGUCCCGUGCUGGGACCCAGACGUGAUGUCUGCAUCUUCCUCGCCCCAACAGUCCCCCUUGUUCUCCAGCAAGCAACGGUGAUUGCUAAUUCCACCAAUUUCAGAGUUCAAAGUUACUACGGGGAUGAUAAAAACCCAAGAGAUCACGGGGACUGGGAGACAGAGAUGGAUACAGUUACUGCAGGAUGGCUCACAAAGUUGUUCUGUUUUUCUUCUCCUCAUUUGAUAUGUGCGGAUGGACCUGUCUAACAGUAGAAGUCAAUGACUGGUUAGAAAGCCUACAGAUCUCAGACAAUGCUAAUUGGGUACUGCAUUAUUGAACUGAUCCUGUUGCCACAUGCCUCAAAUGAAAGGCACAAGCACUUUGGCAAAAGUCUACUAUACUUUUGUAGCAACUGCUGCUCAACGCUGUUGAUUCCAGUGGUCUUCUUAUGACCACCUCUGCGAUCAACAUCUCCUGCAUCUUUAGUUUCCUUAUCUGAUCAUAAUAGAUCAGUCAUGAAAGCCAAACAGCAUGCUAAUCUGCAAUUGUGUGCAAAGUUCAACGAGUCGGCCAGCUGGUCAAUUGUGUCACUGUAGAGGUCAUCCAUCUCUACUGCUCACACGAUGUUGUAGCAUAAGAUGAUUAUGUGUGCAAGAUUAGGCUUCUUCUUAAGAAUUUCAGGUCAUGGACUAAUAGGUGAAUGAGUUGGUACCUGGAACUCAAACUGUUAGGUGACUUGCUUGGCUCAAUUUUCUUGUGCAGACACUUCUUGUGAUUAUGUGGCAAGUGGAGAUGCAAUUGGUGGUGGAGGAACAUUUUAGUGCAGAAAAAGAAGAUUUUAGGUCUCGGCAACUCCCAAUUUUUAAAGUAACAAGACCAGUUUAGUUUAUUUCAUCAGAUGUUGUACCUACUCGGUGGGUGAUGGAUCUUCUGUCAAUAUAGGCACUCACUGUGUAGUAGCACUUGGCAUGAGCAUAGUUUGCACUGGUGAAUGGUGAUCCCUAACAAAUAAUGAAUCAAGCAAUUUUUAUGA